AUGUCCUCAUCUUCAGGUACCCUUCUUCUUGUGGAAGUUCUUGGACGUCUUACUUCAAAGCCACUAGGCAGUGCUAUCAUUCAUAGCUUAAUUGGAUUCUUCACAGAUAGGCUGGCAGAUUGGAGAGCAUUACGUGGGGCUCUUGUUGGGUGCUUAGCAUUACUGAGGAGAAAAAGUGAUGUUGGUGUAGUCUCUACCACUGAUGCAAAAGCAGUUGCUGAGGUGUACUUAAAGACCCUACAGGUGCAAUCUUUAGGUCAGCAUGACAGGAAGCUUUGUUUUCAGCUUCUGGAAUGUGUCUUAGAAUGCUAUCCUAUUGAGGUUGCUUCCGUGGAUGAACUCCUUCUAUAUGGAAUCUGUGAAGCUGUUGAUGGAGAGAAGGAUCCUCAUUGCUUGUUGCAAGCAUUUGGCAUCAUUCGUGCACUAAUUCGACUAUUUCCAGAUCCUAAUGGGCCGCUAGAAAAUUUUUCUGGAGAGCUUUUUGAAACUUUGAGUAGUUACUUUCCCAUUCAUUUUAUUACUCAUCCAAAAGGAGAGGACACUGAUGUCAAAAGAGAUGAUCUUGUAAGGGCUCUAAUGGUAGCUUUCUCAUCAACACCUCUUCUUGAGCCAUAUGUCAUUCCCUUGCUUCUUGAAAAACUCUCUUCUUUUCUGCCAUCAUCAAGGUUGGUUGAUUCUUUAACGUAUCUGAGCUAUUGCUCAUUGAAGUAUGGAGCAGACAGGAUGGCCAAACAUGCUGGAGCUAUUUGGAGUUCAAUUAAUAGUGAAAUGAGUACUUCAGUAAAAAAGCCUACUGAAGCUGUUACAUCAGAAUCAAUAAAUGGUCUUGGGUUUCAGGAAAAUGAAAUUGCAACAGAAGCUUUAGUGCUUCUGGGAAAAGUUGUCUUGCAAAAUAACGAUUUAUAUUUAAGUUUGAUUCUGGAUGAUGAAGACAUUAGUAGCAUUUUCAACAUCAUCACAAGUUAUAGGAGUUACAAUAAUAUCCCAUUGGAAGGUAAAGAAAGGCUACAUGUUGUUGGUCGUAUCCUAUUUAUUACCUCAAGAACUUCCAUUGUUUCUUGUAAUAGAGUACUUGAAACUUUUUUUCCCCGCUUGGUGGAGAUUCUAGAAAGAAAUUCAUCUAGGGAUCACUUCCUAAAUUUUGGAGCUCUAUAUCUCUGUGUGGAACUCCUUGCUGCGUGUAGAGAUUUGAUUGUAGACUCUGGAGAACUUGCUUCUAACUCUAUUUCAACUCACGAGGCAUGCUAUUGCAUCAUUCGGAACUAUUUUGAUUCACUAAUUCAUAUUCUCUGCUCUACCCUUGUUGCAACUACUAAUGAAGCUGUUCAUGAUGUGGAUAUUUACUUUAGAGCAUUGUUUUGCAGUAACGAGCUUGCAGAUGGUGACCUAGACUUUUCAACAGACCCAUGGCCUAGUAUUUCUAGAGGUGCCAAAGAUUUAGUAAGGAAAAUGCUUAUUCGAGAUCCCAAAAGGUGGAUAUCUGCACAUGCUGUUUUGUGGUUGCAAUUAUUGUUGAGCAAAGCUUUUUGGAAAAGCAUCUGUUAUUCAUUUCAGACAUAUGAAAGAUCCUGUAUUCAAAAGUGGAUAGACAUACCUGGCAGUACCAGGGAUUGCGUGUCCUCGUCCAGUAACAGCUGUUCUCAGUAA